AUCAUCUGUCGUUGUUAUUUACAAAACUUGUGUCGAGUUUCGAAAAACGCUAUUUAAGCAAAAUAAUACAUUAUCUGAAUAAAAACUGACGAUGGAAGAGGAGAAAAAGGAUGACCCGCCACCAAUUAAACGAUACAGGCGUGAGGAGAAAUCUUCGGAAUCGGAAGAAGACUUGGAUAACUAUGAACCUUAUGUUCCUGUUAAGGAAAGAAAAAAACAACAGUUAAUGAAGCUCGGGAGACUCGGACAGCUUGCUGCAGAGGCUGCUGCUGAGCCUAAGAGCUCCAGCGACAAUGAUCCAGACGAUGAGACAUCUCAAGAAGAAUGGGGACGUCGGUACAAUGUCUCACUGUUAGACCAGCAUUCAGAACUGAAGAGGCUAGCUGAAGCGAGGGCCCUGUCUGCAGCAGAGAGGCAGGCAAGAGAAGAAGAACAUAUCCUGGAGAGUGUUGCACAGAGUAAAGCACUUAUGGGAGUCGCCGAGUUGGCCAAAGGUAUUCAGUACGAGGAACCGAUAAAAACGUCAUGGCGUCCACCACGGUGCAUACUCGAACUACCUGAAGAAAGACACGAAAGGGUGCGAAGACAGCUCCGAAUCCUGGUCGAGGGUGAAGAUGUACCGCCUCCGAUCAGAACCUUUCAACAUAUGAAGUUUCCUAAAGGUAUCCUAAGAGGUUUAGAAGCUAAAGGUAUUAAGAAACCAACUCCGAUUCAGGUCCAAGGAAUACCAGCAGUGCUCAGUGGUAGAGAUAUGAUCGGCAUAGCUUUCACCGGAUCUGGAAAAACCUUGGUGUUCACACUGCCUAUCAUUAUGAUGUGUUUAGAACAAGAGAUCAAAAUGCCGUUCAUCAAAAACGAAGGACCAUACGGUCUAAUAAUAUGUCCGUCUCGAGAAUUGGCGAAACAAACGCACGACAUCAUUCAACAUUUUGUGAAGCAACUCAAAUUGUGUGGCAACCCUGAAAUACGUAGCUGUUUGGCUAUUGGAGGCAUCGCUGUGUCUGAAUGUAUGGAAGUCGUACAACGCGGUGUCCACAUAAUGGUUGCGACGCCCGGACGACUUAUGGACAUGCUCGAUAAGAAAAUGGUACGCUUAAACGUAUGCCGUUAUCUCUGCAUGGACGAGGCCGACAGAAUGAUAGACAUGGGCUUUGAAGAGGACGUCAGAACAAUAUUCUCCUAUUUCGCUGGUCAGCGUCAGACCUUGCUCUUCAGCGCUACCAUGCCGCGGAAGAUUCAGAAUUUUGCCAGGUCUGCCUUAGUGAAACCGGUCACAGUGAAUGUAGGCCGAGCUGGUGCAGCAUCACUGAACGUGCGUCAAGAGUUAGAACCAGUAAAGGCUGAAGCUAGAACAGUACAUUUACUACAAUGUCUUCAAAAAACGCCACCACCAGUGCUGGUGUUUGCUGAGAGAAAGCAAGACGUGGAUGCUAUCCACGAGUAUCUACUGCUUAAAGGAGUGGAAGCUGUAGCCAUACACGGAGGAAAGGAUCAGGAAGAAAGGUCACGUGCUGUGGAAGCCUUCAGGAGAGGAGAGAAAGAUGUACUCGUGGCCACCGAUGUCGCUAGUAAAGGUCUUGACUUCGCAAACAUCCAACAUGUUAUAAACUACGAUAUGCCCGAAGAUAUAGAGAACUACGUCCAUCGCAUCGGUCGUACAGGCAGAGCCGGGGGUGAAGGCGUAGCUACAACCUUACUAGGAAGAGCGGCUGACGACAGCGUGCUAAGAGAUCUCGCGCAUUUGUUAAGAGAGGCUCAACAAAAAGUCCCUUCGUUCCUGUUGGAUAUGAUUGGCGAGCCAGACGUUCCGGUGCCAGAUGGACAGGGCUGUUCAUAUUGUGGUGGUUUGGGACACAGGAUUACAGAAUGUCCGAAAUUGGAGGCGGUACAAAACAAACAAGCGUCGAACAUCGGAAGAAGAGAUUAUUUGGCGAACACUGCGGCUGAUUAUUAAUUUUUAGUACCUAUUUGAAAUCGUCAUGAGCUAAUGUUCACAUGUAAACAGCAGCUCAUGUAAAGAGAUUGUCCAGUCAACUGAUGGUAGCGGUGACUGUCCAGGCGACACACGUACUUAGGUAUCAUCAUGAGCUAAUGUUCACAUGUAAACAGCAGCUCAUGUAAUGUUUUGAUAAACUAUUUUUAAGUAAUAAUUUUAUAAUGUAAAUAAAUAA